AUGCCUUGGUUGACUGAUAUAGGAGGAUCCAAUGAACCCAUAACGUUGUGUAGGGUAAGAAUAACUUUAGGCAUUUUCUAUAGCCGGGAAAGAGGAUUCGAGAUAUAAAGAAUAGUCUGAAAGCGCUGAAAGUAAUCGCAGCUUAUAUUUAAAGACCGCGGAAAGGCGUCGGAAAAUUCACACGGAGAUGGGGCUACUGAAUGGACGUACUCCCCCAAACAAUAUCCACUGAAUGAGUGGGGCCCAAAAAAGGAAAGUUUCGAAAUAGCGCUGAUUUUUCGACCUUUUAUGGCCCUGGAAUUUAAAUAAUAACGUCGGAUCUCAGAAAAAAAUUUGAAACAGUGGAUCAACAGAUCUUCGGCCUCGUGACAUGCUAGCGCUCUUUGAACCACACAGACCGCCGUGCAACUCAAAGCACGGCGCGGUCUUAUGUUACUCUACAACCUGCGUAUUCGGUUGCCAAUGUGCGGAAGUAAAGGGCAAAUAGUACCAUAACAGGGGGUUUUGGAAAAAAAUAUUUUGGAAAGAAAAGGAAUUUUGGGGGAUCCUUUAUUAGCAGAGCUGUAAUUGAAGACUGCAGAAAUGGCAGUGAUGUGUACCAAACUCCAAACUUUAAUGGCAAAAUCUUACGCUGACCUCUUUAAUGUAGCCUCUAAAAAACCACAUGAGCUCCUGAGGUCGAUACGGUAUGAUGGAUGUAAAUUAUAACCUAAAAGGAGCCUCCAGUCGUAGAAGAAGGGAGGAUCUAUCUCAGCCUGUCCUAAAAUUGCUCAACUGGAGCUAUGCCUCUAAAACGACCCAUUCCUUAUAUAGCUGUCACAUCGGUCACAGCUCCCGCCCGAUUCAUUUCCCAUUCUGACUUUUCGCCGCCGCCAAAUAGCGUGUAAUUCGCGUACCUGUGCCUCGACUUUGCAGAACGGCCCACAUGAUGACCUAAACCAAACAAGAGCAAUUUUCCGGGUUUCAGGUCAGCAGUCAGCGGCGUGGCUCAAAUUACUCGCAUCAUUAUGACGUGCAACCUAGGUGAAAAUUGGCGUUCCAGUUCAUGAUGACGGCAUGCCGAGCCGUAAAUAGUCCCAACGACUAUGGUGUCCAUGCCGGAUUCGGCUCUACGAGAAUAGUGUGAGAAAAUGGGCGAUUACAAUGGCCGCGAUACGAACUCGAAAGCAGUCGGGUCACUUUGGGGCACAAUAUGGUCGUAUAUAAAUGACAAUAAAGACAAUGGAUGAGAGGUCGAAAAUAGAUCAACUGUAGUAAUGUAGCUUUCAAUUUUUCUUUUUUUUCAUUUGAGUUCAGUUAUUUUGAGCUGAAACACUGUAUCCUUAGAGUAGUUUAGAACAAAAAUUAUCUAUUUACAUAGAUUGUAACAGCAAGCAUAAGAACGCAAGACAAAUAUGAUUGAAAAUUUCCUAUACGGAGCCAACAUGGUACCUGUCUGGAAAAAGGUAUUCCAAAUCCCUAAACUUUUUUAUUUCCGAAAAUUACUGGCUUUUUAUGGCGAGACCUUGGAAGCCAGCCAGGGUACUGCUGGGGUAUCAUAAGCACUGUAGGUUUCACAUAAAAUUUGCAGAAAUAUUGGGCUUUGCAACCGAGAUAUAUAGACAUCUAUGAGAGAUUCCGGAUAGAUCCACAAUAUGCCAAAACUUUUUGAGGUGCAAAUAAUCCACCCCCACUGAACCGUUCACAAAAAGUUUUAUCCUGACUUGAACUUCUCACGUUGGAGGACAAAAAAUUCGACAUUUAGUAAACUCGUGUCCGAGCUUCACGGCCGAAAGAAAUUUGAAUUUACCCGGAACCCCUCUUAUAUGUAUUGAACGAUCUUUGCUGCAGUGAGAGUAGUGAAACACGAAGAGCGGCCAUAGGAAAAAAAUACUCUUUGAAAAAUUUUUUCGGUUCUGUGGUGAAAAAUUUAUUUUUUUAACGACCACUCUGGAUGUUGGUAUAAAAAAAUUUCUGAGCAACAUAAAAAUCUCGCAGAUAUUUUACAGAAGCCUAAUAUAAAUGUGCUCAAAGUUUUAUGAAAAUCUGAGCGAGCGCUUCAAGAACUUCCCUUGCUAAUGUACUUCCACAUUCUUUGGUCACUCACAAUUUUAACAACCGCCCGAGAUGCCCAUUUUUUUGCCUUGGGAGCCAUCGUAUACACCUCGUGGCAAGAAAAGCACCUUAAACCUAAAAUGUAGGGUUUGCGAGGUUUUGACGCCGGGUUUUUGAGCCAAAUACAUCAUUUCUUGGUCGUCAUCUGAUCCGAAAUUAUACGCUUUUGAAUUUUCUCUUUCUCUGCAUUGUAUACCACCUACACUCAACCCGCGGAACAGCUUAUACAUACUAAAUGGACGUGUUGAUAAUACAAAUCAAGAAAACCUUAAACAUUUAAGGUCAAAUUUUCGUGAGACGGUAGCGCUCUUUUAAGCAGUUAAAACUCGAACUCGGCGUGAGUCUUCUUCUAAUAAAACCACACGUGUUAUUUGUGGAUUCAAUUUAGCUAAGAAUAGUGAGGAUAUUGAAGGAUUCAUCACGUCAAGCGUAAAGUUCAUCUAGUUUCAAAUUCUUUAGUCUUGCCGUGAGAAAGAUAAUAUAAGUAAAAUGGAGACAGACGGCUUCAAUGCGCUCCGUUGUUAUAAGAAAAUCAAACAACAAAAGUUUGGGUGGAAGAUCACUUCCGCAUGCGUUGUAUACGUACAUAUAGGGAAGGUGAAAAGGCGAUGCCCUUAGGACAAAAAUGCAAAGCAAAGAUUUUUAGGUUCAGUGAAACCUCGAAAGAAAUGUGUCCCAAGUACGAAGCUCAGUUUUUUAUUGCAAAAAAUGGCUGCUUUUUUAUGGCAAGAUAAAUAUUAGAAGCCAAACAGGGAGAUAUCCAAAGUGCGACGUUCAGAGUUUAAGCUGACUUGCACCCACUCAUAUGCGGUCAGGUUUGGGCCGCAUAUGAAUUCCUGAAAAAUUUAGCUCGCGUUAUGCAAGAGCAGCGGAGAUAUGGAACGAUUUUUAAAGCCGAAAAAGUACGAGGAAGGCAGAGAGCAGCCAUAGAGGAAAACAUUUUUUGGGCAUAUAGGGCUCGGGGUCUUUACUUUUCAUCGGCUCUGCGAAUUUGUUUUGCAAAAAGGCGUUCAGAAUUUCCGCUGAACGCCUUUUUGCAAAAUCAGUUCAAAUCGUGAACGGUUUUUGCAAUAAACCGUUCACGGUUUGAACUGGUGUCCAACCCGUUCAGAGCCGAUUGGAAAGGGGGUUCAAUGUUCGAAUUGGUUCACAAAACAUUGAACCAAUUCACUGGUUAUAAAAUUUUCAAAGGAAAAUUAACAGGUUAACGUGUUCAAAGACCUCGGUUUUUUGCACUAGUUCAGCCGACUCUGAACUAAUUCAGACGGUUUCGAAAUCUACCAAAAAAAAGAAAAAACAGGACGAAAAUUCACAAAAUGAACGGCUUUUAUCAUUUCCCGUUCACGAAAUUUCGACAGAAGAAACUGCUGAACCGAUUUUGCGAAAAAGCGUUCAGCAGGGCGUGCUGAACGCCUUUUUGCAAAACAAAUUCGCAGAGCCGAUGAAAAGUAAAGACCCCGAGCCCUAUAUCUUUUACAGUAUGGCGUCGAAAAAAUUGAACUUUUACCCUUCACAAAAGAAACAGAAGUGAAACUUUAAGCUACCUUUUCCAUCUUUCCACCCACAAACCCUCGGUCUUUUGCAAAGCGCGGCCUUCAAAAAACAUAACGAAAAAUUUUUGUGUUCCCCUCCAAUUCUGAUGUGCUGAAUUUUGGCCAAGACGCGUAAACUAAAAUUAACCUGAGAAAACAUCAUUUACCUACCAACGCGUCUUUAGCGGCAAUAGGAAAUUGCGACAAAUGCGGCUCAAAUUGCAUGAAAAGAUUUGAGAAUGGUCAUCAAUGAAACCCUAUACGAUGAGAUUGUGUACGCAUUAGACUACAACCGAAAUGUUUUUGUGGAGCUGUUGUGGAGUAUAGUCAAAGUGCAAUGUAGUUUUUGUAAAAAUUGCUUGAUUUACGUGGCCUUAGAUACAGUUAAAUUUUUUUGCAAGACAACGAGCUGCGGUAAAACGAAAGCUGCCGGCAAGGAUCAGUUUUAGGCCAAAACAAGCUGCCUCUGUUCAACAAAAGCCCUUUAUAGCAAGUCAUUUUUUUGUAACGGGCGAUUCGUUGUGCAGAAGUCUGACUAAUGUCAUCAGAAACUCAUCGUAUUUGGUAAACAACUAAAGAUUCCUUUUUCAGGUAAAAUGUGGGAUCGAAACGUCAACUCAAAACGUCGAUCAACGAUCCCUGUGGCUGGUCUCAGCUCCCUGCCGACUCGAUCAGCGAGCUAUAUCCGCGCCGUCGGUUCAGCGUUGUGCGGAAGGUAAGGACUUCCCACCGGGAUCAAUAAAAUUCUGCUACCCUAUAAGCAAAAAUUUCCUAGCCCACGCUUUCAUAGCCAGAAAAAUGCUAUUAAUAGAACUGUUAUUCGAAGUCAACCACUCCAGAAGGGAGUACUACGAAUUACAGAGGAAAUCAUUUAACCACAUCGACUAUUAUACAUAUCGGCAUGACCUUAUUAUAAAACGCCCAAAUUUACGCUGUUAUAAACAUCGAAAUGGCCGGCACAAAUUAUAUUUUCCGAGUAGUACGAAUAAUCGAAAUCCUCGCUCUCACGGCUUUCCUUUGACCUUUACAUACAUGGAACGGCAAACAGAAAGCAUUACUUUAAGUCUGUCGGGAAAAUAAUGAGCGCUCUGAAGUAAAAAUCAAACUGCUUUUCACUUCAGCCACCACAAGCAGUAGGACAAUUGAUGAUGAAAAAUACGUAUUGUUAUAGCUCAAGACAUGCUAACUAGUCAUGUUUUCGAAGUGUACUUGUAAACGAGAAAUGAAGUCUGUUCCAAUUUUUUUUAUGUUCGCAAGCUCCCAGUUUACCUUUAUUCACACCAGACAUAAGUUCUCCGUAUUACCGCUGUGAGUGUUUUUCUCAAUGUUUUGGAGCCCAAACCGCAGUGCUUCCCGGAACUGUGGAUAUUUGAGUAGAAUGAAAAGCAAAAGUCAUUGUAAAAAAAAGAAUUUCGUUGCCGUUACCGACAAAUUUUUUACCGUAAAAAUGCUCAUGUCAGGGUUGCCCAGGGUUCAUCCUUCUCGAUUUUAGGUUCCAGUAAAUGUCAUAUUCACCAUUUUUUCACUCAUGAAUUUGCGUCAUUUGACUUGCUUUUGACACUGCGACCGUCAUUUGACCUUCCAUUUCAAGUAAUUGAACAAAAGUUUAUAUCCUGCGUAGACUUCCGAGCUCACGUUGAUAUGAUGCGUAUUCCGAGUUGUUUGCACGGUUGGUUAAACUGUUCUCGUAUAUCCCAUAUCUGGCAUUUUGGCGUACGGUAAAGUGGCGUCGGAUGACCCGUUGAGCUUUUGAGUGUGUAAACCUUGCAGAAACAUUGUCGAUAAAUCUCGAAGUAGUUAAAAAUCACAAUAGCAAUAGCUAUUUUGUAUUAAUUCCGUGUUAAUGUUAUGCCCUCACUUUUAGGUCAAUGUUCGUCCAGUCAUCAAUUUUACAUCAUCGCCAUCAUUCUUGUAGUCCUUUGCGCAGUAACUACGGCCGCUUGGCUUAUCGCAUGCUGGAAUCGACCAAAGGUGAGUGAAACUUCAAGGCAAUUCAGCAAUAAUCUUGUCUUUUCCAGAUGAAGCACAUCAAAUCCUGGAUCAACGGUUUUUCAAGGCCAGAACGUCUAACAGACAACUAUAGCUCAAGCAGGACAUGCACAACUUUACCGGUACCGACAGCUCUUCACAGCAGUAUGAAAAAGCAGGCGCCAUUGAUUAAUACGUAAGGAAUGCAAGGAUUAAAACCAAGACUUUCAUUUUCAGGCUUGUCGGGUCAGUUGAUCACUCAUUAGACGCCCCAAAUCUGGACGAUCUUCUGAGAGAGCGUGCUGAAACCAAAAAACGCCUGGACAUGGACGAAGUGUCCGAUUCAAGUUUGAAAAAACCCGCCGCUACCAUGCCCACGUACUCUAUUUUCAAGUCGAUCGACUCAAAUGUAAUUCAAUUCCCCUCACUUGACGAUCUCCCUGAACCCCCGCACAUAACUGUCGGAGAAAUUCAUGAGCUGAAUAGGGCGCUAAACGCGCCCAGGCUGCUUGAGCCUCGUCCUCUGCAACGAACGACCACCGCGAACAGCGUGAACAGUGUGGGAACGACUCGAACAAUUGAUCCGAUUCAAAGAAGAGCCAGCAUUGCGUCGACGGUCGACUUUCGGCCGCCGGUUUUCUUGAAGAACUUGCUGAGUAAGUUGAUGGCUUAAUUUGUGUCUAGCGGGUGGUAAGAUGUCGAGUCAAGCGCAUUUCGCAAAAUUAAAGUAUCAUUUCGAAUAGCAGUUAACAAUUUUCAGACCUCCCAAAGCCAACAUCCAAAAUCUCCUUUUCUCCAGACCCUCUAAAGUUAUUCUCCCGACUCUCCACCGCAUCCAGCUCUUCCUCUCUUGACAUUACGUCAAGCGGAGAUCAAAAGCUCUACUCGAUUCUGCAAGAUCUCCGGAAGAGUACCGCCCAAAAGGAGGCCGAAAUCGCCAAGACAGCGGCAGAAAAUGACACAAAAUGGCUGAAAUUGCUAUCAAACAACUGA